AUGUUCAUUAACUGUGGGGAAUUCUUAAGAAGAAUUGAUUAAUUUGGAGCCAGUUAUAAACCUAGUUAUGCAUACGGAGAAGUUCAAUACAGAACAUCUUUGGGAGGGUUGCUUUCAAUUAUCUUAUAUGGAUUAAGUUUAGCAUAUUUGAUAUACGAGAUUGUGUUGUGGAGAUUCGGGAGAAUACUUCCAAAGAUUACAUCUUUGAAUACCGAAAUCGAAACCUACGAAUUAUCAUUUGAUAAAGUACCUCUAGCAUCUUUUUGUUUGAGAAGGCACAAGGAUAUCAAAGAUUAAAUUGACCCUUUUGAUCCGAACCAUAUCGUUCUACUACCGAUGCUAUAUGAAUUAAUCAAUGACGAACUCCAAGAUCCUUUGCCUUUAUUUUCGACCAAGAAAUCAGAAAAACAUGGAACUACAAUGAUAGAGCUCAAAGAUGUAAAAUUGACCAAUAACCAACAUGAAUCAUUGGAACAUCCAGAUAGGGAGUAUAUGCUUAUUUUACAGUAAUGCGUUUAAAGUAUACUGCCUCAAGGAUUGUACUGUGCAGAUGUAGAUACGAUUAAGAGAUUCUUCAAUUAAAAGUAGAACCAAUUGUCUGUGCAGACUUAUGUCAAUCAAUUUAACACCUCAACGAAAUAACUGGAUGUAGUUGAGCAAUAUUAUUAUGCCUCAAUUGACAACAAGACCACUUAUUUCAGUCAAAUAACUAUCUGUACAUCAAACGUUUCUGUUGAUACUGGAUUCUUAUUAGAAAGUCUGGAAAUUAUGGAUUUCCCUAGUUCAGCCUAGUAAUAUAUUCAGUAGAUGGAUUUAGAUUAUUUUACUCACACCUUUCAUCAGGAUGUUUAUGUUGUAUUCGAGUUCGAGGUGGGAACGUUGUAAUCGACUGUGGUAAUUGAAUAUCCGAAAAUCUCUGAAGUAAUGGCAAACAUCGGGUCUAUAAUCUCAUUCUUCUUAUUCUUCUCUCAAUUCGCCUACGUGAUAAACGAGAAGAAUCUUGAAUCAAAGGUAGUGAGGAAUCUGAUUGAGAUGUACUAUCCUCAAUUCAAACAAAUUACUUUCGAAAAGAAUCUCUUCGGCAAAAUCAUCAAUAUUAAAUACCAAAAUCAAGAAGUAGCUAUGUCAUUUUUAAAAACUUAUGAGAAGUUGUGGAGAAUUGCAUCUGCUAAAUUAUGUAUAACCAAUACACUCUAUGAAAUCUCCAGAUUAUAGUUCAUAAUAAGUUCCAUCAGUGAUAAGGAGGUGAUCAGAAACUGUCACGAAAUCGGGAUCAGAUUAAAAAAUCUAGAAAUGGAACCAAACGCCUUAAAGAUAGAGAAUAAUCAGAAUAACUCGAAUAAUCAAAUACUCAGAUAAGAUAUCAUUGAUAAUAAUUCACUGGAUGAAUAGAAUCAGAACAUACUUAAAAUUAUACCUUAGAACUUAGUUGAUGUGCCAUAGUCUAUUGUGCAGUUCUCAAAGUUGAAUCAAUCUCAAAGCCUAUUUUUGGGAAAGAAUCUCCAACCGCAAGAAUCAAUAGAUGCUGAAUUGAAAUUGAGUGACGAAGAUUUCUACAUCCUCAUGUAAGAAUAGUCGAAGGUUAAGGAUUUCAACAUUGUUGAAUUAGACGAAAGUGUGACACCUCAAACCAAAUCCUAAAAUAUUAUUCAACGCUAAUCGAAUUGA